AGGUUAAAAGUUAGAACGAUGUUCUACAUAAGCCGAGGACAUUGUAUUUGACAUAAAUAUACGUGUUGGAUGAAAAACAUUGUGAAUUUCAUAACGGAUAAAACAUAUUUUGUUAAUAAAUUAUCUUCAGAUUAGCCAAUGUAAUCAUUCAACUAUCAAUUGUCAAUAGUGAGUAGUCAUAUAGGGUUAGACGUAUAGUUACAGUACUCGGAUUCGGUAAAUUCGGAUUAUUUAUAAGAAACAACCACUAAGAAAUGUCGGCGCUAAAGCACGAGCUUACGGAUCCGGAGGGACAAGGUCCCAAACAUCUUAUGACUCUAGAUGGUGACCCUCUGCCAACAUUCAGACUAUCACCGGAAGAGCGUGGUGCAAACAUUUUGUCUUUACGAGACUGGCAGAUGAAAGAAAAUGACGUCAUAUUAUGUACUCCUCCGAAAUGCGGAACGCACUGGGUCCAAGAAAUAAUGACGAUGCUGCUCAAAGGAAAGCCUGAAAUGGUCGAGACCGUAGACAAAGGUGGCACGAUGAUGGAAGCCAGUUCUAUUGACAGGAUGAACGAGCUACCAUCACCAAGAAUCUUGAAUUCACACCUUAAAUGGCAGUUAUUGCCAAAGUACAUUUCUGAAAACAAAAACAAAGUUGUAGUUGUAUUGAGAAAUCCAAAGGAUGUUGCCGUCUCGUUUUACUAUCAUAUGAAGGGCAUGAAUAACUAUGACUAUGAUGGAAAAUUCGAAUACUUCCUUGAGUGGUUCCUGGAAGGCAAAUUGCCAUAUGGCUGUUUCUUCGAGAGUGUCAAAGAAUAUGAGCUAUUAGCAAAUGAACAAAAGGACCAAUUUCAUACUCUCUUUUACGAGGAUCUGAAAACGAAUGGCCUACAAGAGGUUAAACGCCUUGCUCAGUUCCUCAGAACGAAUGAUGCGGACGACUUUUGCCAAGCGGUGUAUGAUGCGUGUGAUAUAAAAAACCUUAAAGCCAAAGUUGCGCAGCCGAAGGAAGGGAGGCCGAACAUUUGGAAACCAGGUGGAUCUAUCUACCGUAAAGGUAUAAUUGGCGAUUGGAAGUCACAUCUCACGGUCGCACAGAACGAACUUUUCGAUCGAGUUAUUGCUGACAAGAUGAAGGACAGUAAAAUUCAGUUCAGAUAUAUUUGAUAUCAUAUGUACACCUGAUGCUAAAUCGUGGAUUAUAAGAAUCGUUGUUCUGGUGUUGAACAUACGACAAACAAUUAACAGCAACUGAACUAUCAUAUUUCAUUCAUGUUUCUAUAAGCUUGCCGUUUUUUCUCCGAAUGAUGAUAAUUACAACAUUAUAAACAUAAAAAAAAAAAUAACUGAGAAUUCAUUUCACAUUUGAUCAGAUCAAGAAGCAAUGGUAUGAUACUUAUCGUUUGUGAACAAGUAUAAUUAGAAAUCAGUUGUUUCAGCUUAUUGAUUCAUUGAUUAAGUAAAACAAUCUUGUUCGGCUAUUCGUCAAAUAUUUAAAUAAUAUGAUUUUGUCGUGCUUUGUAAUGUCUAAUUAAAGCAAUUCGGGCUUUGCUUAGUAUACAUGUAAUUGCUACAAUAUUUUUGUUUAAAUGGAAUGGAACGCAUGAUGUGUUAUAUAUUAUAGAGCAUUGACACCA